AUGGCGACCGACCGCCGCCUCCGCGACCUGCUCCUCCUCGCCGCGGCGCUCCUGCUCUCCGCCUCCUGCGCCGCCGCCGCCGACUUCGAGUACUGCAAAAAGGGGCGCCACUAUCCGGUGAAGGUGAGCGGCGUGGAGAUCGUCCCCGACCCCGUCGUGCGCGGCGAGCCCGCCACCUUCAAGAUCUCCGCCUCCACCGAUAAAACCAUCACCAAAGGGAAGCUGGUGGUAGAUGUGUGGUACUUCUUUUUCCACGUCGAUUCAGAGACUCACGACUUGUGUGCUGGGACUCCCUGUCCCGCAACGGGCGAAUUCGUACUAGCCAGCGAACAGACUUUGCCAUCUUACACCCCACCAGGUUCUUACAGUCUCCAGAUGAAGCUGCUGGGAGACAAGAACGAGGAGCUGACCUGCAUCUUGUUCGGGUUCAGCAUCGGGUUCGUCGCACCUGUCGCCAUUAUGUGA